UGCUAGUGCAAGUCAAUAGAAAUAUGCAUAAAAAACGGAUAGGGUUACAGAGGAGCAAAUGUAUGCUGCUUUUUUUCUGGUCCAUCAACCUUUUAGAAAUAAUGAGCUGAACUACACCAAAACACAAAACAAGAGAUCGACAAAGAGCUAGUAUAAGAAAGCCUGUUUGUAUAUUUGAAAAUAUACAGCCUAACAUUGCAGGUAACUGACAUGUUGAUUAAUAAUCCAUAAAGCUUCUGCAGCCCAAAACUGUGGCUGCUGGAAAUCCUUUAGCAGGAAGUGGCACAUUUGAGGCCCUGCUAAAAGUCAUAAAUAUGCAGGAACACAGUGCAUGAUUGUUCUAGUGCACUGGCAUAAAUCUCUGCAUGAUUUGCACUUGCAUUACUUGCAACUGUUUAAUUUCUUUUGUUGUGAAGCAUCUAUAAGACAUUAUUUAGUCCUAUAAAAUCUUUGCCAUUUCCUUCACCUUCUGCUUCAAUAUACCUGAACUUCAGUAUUUCACUUUCUUUUUCAAGGAGCCAUAUUGCGUUCUGUACUGAAUCACAUUUUGCUCUAGAUCAAAAAGGUACAGACCCCUUGUUUGCAUUUUGAUUGAAGCUGAAAACCUUUGAGUAGAAUGACAUGAGGAAACAGAAAUCUAGAUGAUGGAGUGGGGAGGGAAUAGUUUGGUUUUCUUACAGUACUGGAGGGAGUCUUAGGAUUUUCUGAACAUUUAUCAGAGGUUUGUCAGUGAUCAGAAUGAUAGAACAAAUAAAAAUGGUUUUCCCUGCCACUAGUUUAUCAGUUUGCAACCCAGAGCUUUAGGGUCUGUUGAUAUGCUAUGGGAUACAGUUUUAGUCUCUGUGAGACUGCUGUUUUGUCCAACAGACUUAACCAGUGAUCGGUGGCAAUAGGCUAUGCAUCCUUAAAAAUUAUCUCAGAAUAGUUAACAGUGUGCAGGGGUUCCAUGGCAGAAAAAAAUGAAUGUGGAAAGUGUUCUUUGAAAAUAGGAAGUUUGAAAAUCACUUCAGUCAUCAAUUGAUCAUUGAGAAUAGUGACUAGUUUUCACAAACUGUCAAUAAGAUGGUAACCCAACUUCCAAACUGUGUCACCUCAGAGUGCAUACGGAAGCUCACAUGUUGGAAUUCUCCUCCACAGAAUAAAUCGUACACAUAGAAAACUAGGAUGUGAAAGAGAAGACUAGGCCCAUCUCCCAAUGCUUACUUUUCCAAGUACAAUUUGUGAGCCCCCAUCACCAUCUGUAAUUUGAAGUGGGACAGUUGUGAUACAACUUUACCACGUUAUCUGCACUUCUUGAGAAAUAGACCAUGAGAUGCAAAACAGAUAUGGAAGUUGAACUUUAAUUGACUUUGGAAGAAGGACUAAAUGCAACGGGGGCAGAUUGCCUGUGGGAAUGAAGUGGUUGGGAGAAUCCAAGAACAUGGUGGUGAAUGGCCGGAGACAUGGAAGCAGGUUAUCUAAUGAUCACCACCAGAACCAAUCCAAAUUACAGAGCCCUGAAAAGGAAAAUCCAAAGACUGGCAAAAAUGGAGUUGAGAGACGAUCAAGCAGAUGUAGUGGUGGUUCGGGAUUUGAAGGCCAAAGUCGCUACGUGCCUUCCUCUGGAAUGUCUGCCAAGGAGCUGUGUGAGAACGAUGAUCUAGCAACUAGCUUGGUUCUUGAUCCAUAUUUAGGGUUUCAAACACAUAAAAUGAACACUAGGUUUCGACCAAUAAAAGGAAGGCAAGAGGAACUGAAGGAGGUAAUUGAACGUUUUAAAAAAGAUGAGCACUUGGAUAAAGCCUUCAAGUCCUUGACGUCAGGUGACUGGGCCCGGCACUAUUUUCUUAACAAGAACAAAAUGCAGGAAAGGUUGUUCAAGGAACAUGUAUUUAUUUAUCUACGAAUGUUUGCAACUGACAGUGGAUUUGAAAUAUUGCCAUGUAACCGCUAUUCAUCAGAGCAAAAUGGAGCCAAAAUUGUUGCAACAAAGGAGUGGAAACGAAAUGACAAAAUAGAAUUACUAGUGGGUUGUAUUGCUGAACUGUCUGAACUAGAAGAGAAUAUGCUGCUGAGACAUGGAGAAAAUGACUUCAGUGUCAUGUACUCAACACGGAAAAACUGUGCUCAGCUGUGGCUUGGUCCAGCUGCAUUCAUCAACCAUGAUUGCAGACCCAACUGUAAGUUUGUGUCAACGGGCCGGGAUACAGCAUGUGUGAAAGCUCUACGAGAUAUUGAACCUGGAGAAGAAAUUUCUUGCUACUAUGGGGAUGGUUUUUUUGGAGAAAAUAAUGAAUUCUGUGAAUGCUACACAUGUGAAAGACGUGGAACUGGUGCUUUUAAAUCAAGAGUGGGACUGCCUGCUCCUGCUCCUGUGAUCAAUAGUAAAUAUGGACUCAGAGAAACAGAUAAGCGUUUAAACAGGCUUAAAAAGAUGGGUGACAGCAGUAAAAACUCAGACAGCCUGUCUGUCAGCUCUAACACUGAUGCAGAUACCACUCAGGAAAAAGUUAAUGCAACUAACCGUAAAUCUUCAAUUGGUGUAAAAAAGAACAGCAAGAGCAGAACAUUGACCAGGCAGUCUAUUUCAAGAAUUCCAACUUCAUCAAAUUCUACCUCAUCCAAACUAACUCAUCUAAAUAAUUCCAGGGUACCAAAGAGACUGAAAAAGCCUGCAAAGCCUUUACUUUCUAAGAUUAAGUUGCGGAAUCAGUGCAGAAGACCAGAACAGAAAAAUUCAUCAAGAAAACUCGAAAUGGGAAGUUUGGUUCUUAAAGAGCCUAAAAUAGUCCUGUAUAAAAACUUGCCUAUUAAGAAGGAGAAGGAAACAGUGGGACCAGUGAAAGUAGCCAUGUCUGGUGGCUGCUUAACGAGGCAUGCAGCACGAGAAUACAAACUGAAUUCUGUGAGAGGUGCUCGUGAACCUGGAGAAGUAUCACCUUGUACAUAUAUAACAAGGAGGUCAAUGAGAACGAGGAUGAAUCUGAAGGAGACCUCUGACUUAAAGCUUGAACCAAAUAUGCUGAAUAGCUAUAAUAACUUGACUGGCACGCAAGCCAACGGCUUGGAACAGCAGUUUCAUGUGAUGCACGAGGGUGAGCAGGCACAUGUGACAUCACAUAAGGGGGAGGGGAGGUAUCAGAAGAAUGACAGGGAUGUGGCCAAAAAGAAAUACCGACAAAGACGACUUCUGAAGCCAUCUGCAAAUAUGGAGGAAAUUGAUUCUGCACAUGAUAUACCUGGCAAAGACAGAGUGCCAGAUUUGAUCAGUUCACAUUCUGACCUAGGAGAAAGGAACAGUGUAGUGGAUUCAGCCAUUGGAUAUAAAGAUUGUAUUCCUGUAUCUGGUGGCUGCUCCAUUCUGACUUCAGAUACUUUCAAAGCAAAGGACCGUUUUAGAACUACAAAAAACAAAAAGAAAAGGCGAAUCACAAGGUAUGAUGCACAACUAAUUCUUGAAAACAGCUCUGGGAUUCCCAAACUGACUCUGCGGAGGCGGCAUGAUAGCAGCAGUAAGACAAAUGACCAAGAAAAUGAUGGAAUGAAUUCUUCAAAAAUAAGCAUCAAGCUAAGUAAAGACCAUGAAAAAGAUAAUAACUUAUAUGUAGCAAAGCUUAAUAAUGGGUUUAACUCAGGAUCAAGUAACAGUUCAACAAAAUUAAAAAUACAGCUAAAACGAGACGAGGAAACCAGGGGGACAUAUACAGAUGACCUCCAUGAAAAUGGAGUGUGUUGUAGUGAUCCUCUUUCUCUCUUAGAGUCACGAAUGAAAGUGGAUGAUUAUAGUCAAUAUGAUGAAGAAACUGUAGAUGAAUCCUCAUCCGAAGAGGAAGAAGAAGAGGAAGAGGAUGACUAUGAGGAUGAUUUUGAGGACGAUUUUAUUCCUCUCCCUCCAGCUAAGCGAUUAAGGCUUAUAGUUGGCAAGGAUUCAAUAGACAUAGACAUUUCUUCCAGGAGGAGAGAAGAUCAGUCUUUAAGGCUAAAUGCAUAAGCUUACAGGUCUUUCUGAACAGGAUGUCCAUUUUUUUAAAAACAAAAAUUCCAGUCAAUUAUUCCUCAACUGAUGAACUUUCUGAAAUGUUAGUGGAAGCACUUCUUUAUUGUUUAUUCACUUAUAUCAAUAUAAUAUUGUAGAAAAUGUACAGCAUACUGACUCCUUCAGUCAUUUGUGCAGAUUUUUAUUGUACUUUUUAAUAGCCUUCUUAUGUGCAAUUCUGAGUUAGAGAAAUGCUCUAUUGUAAAAUAAAGGCUCAAGCAAAAUUUAAAAUUGCCAUCAAAUUUUUCCAUGCAGGAUAAUUAAAUUACAAUAAUGUGGCUAGAUAAUUAUUUUUAAAGCUGUGGGAGCAUUAUUUUGCUCUUAUACAUGACUAAAAAAAUACUUUAAACAAAUCAUAGUAGUGGCAUAUUAAGGUUUUCUAGUAUGUUAAUAUCACCAGCAAUGAACUACAGCUAUUUUGGUUUAUUUGCUAGAUGUUUUUCCCCCUUGGAGUUUGUCAGUUUUAACACUGUAUGCUGUCCCCAGAAGUACUGUUUGUGGCCUUUGUUAUAGUAGCAAACCGUUGGUUGGAAGUCAAAUUGAUUUCUUUAAAAAAAAAGUGUUGACAGUUUGCUGACUUUUAGUACAUUAUAUGUACAAGGGUAACAGUAUGCAGAAUACAAGUUUGGAUAUGGUGUAUUUAUUUCUUGUUAUGUAAAUUAAAACACCUUGUAUUUAACACUUUUUCAAUACUUUUAGAUAAAAUUGUUCUUUGCAAGAAUGAUUGGUGCUUAUUUUUUCAAGAACUUGCUGUGAAAAUAAAUGUGAUUACAACAGGCAACAUUUAUCCAAUGAACUGCAGCUAUCCUAAUUGGAUCCUCAUUGUUUUCUGUUGCACUUGUAAAAUGCUACAAGGAAUUAAAAAAACCUAUUCACUUUAAUUUAUGAUAGUUUUAUGAAAUUUAAAAGAAAAACUUAAAAGUCACAGCUUUUGUUCUGUGGUAAUUAUAAAAAUGUUUGUCUUUUGAGAUACAGUGUAAAGGACUGAAAAAUGUAUAUGUUGUAAAUAUUUGUGUGUUGUGAGAAAUUUUGUCAUAAAAAAUUGAUAACUUACCAGAAGGGUUUUUAAGUUUAGAAAUACAUUCAUGCCAAUAAAUAGGAAAUUAUAAACCUAGUUUUAAACUCUGAUCAGUGGAUUUUUUUAAUUGGUUUAGCAUCCAUCUUGAAAUUUUAGAAUUGCUGUAUGCACUUUUUAAGAGCUAAAAUGAGAAAUAACUGAUGUGGAGGAGCAAUUUUAAUCCUAUAAAAUUAAUCUUUUUAAAAAACUCAAAUUGUUUUAGUCAGUAGGCGUACACCUAAUCAGGGCUGUUAAAUCUGUGACUAUUUUAUGCACAGAAUUUCAUAUGAGACCUUAGAGGAUAUGGAAUACCUGAAAAUUUUAAUUUGUUAAACUUGUCCACAUGAUAGUUGAUAUGUUUAUAGGCUGUUUUCCUCAGUUCAUAGAUCUGUGUGUUCCCAGAGAUACCGAUAGGGCUUUCCUUUGAAAUACGUGGGGAAUGGUUUGUGGUCCAAGAACUGUGUUUACACAUUGGACUUCCCGUAAUCAUAAAUAGUUGCUGAAUUGGAGCAAGCAUCUGUAGAAAGCAAUAAUGAUUAGUGACUGCAGUUCUUGUGUGUAGGUUCUUGUUCCCUUCUUACUAGCUCUGAUUAUUUCCCCCUUACUCUAUACCCCAAACCCAUACCUUUGAUUCUGCUGCCUAUACUUCUUGUCAAAACAGUCAAUUUCUGCAAGAAUUCAAGUAUAUCUGAAAAAACAUUCACGUUAUCAAUUUUAUUUGUGAUUAGUAAGUGGCACUAGUGGCAUAACUUGGGGUGUGGAUUAUUUUGACAUAACUUGAAAAAAUAGCUGUAAUUGGAUACUUAGGUUACUUCUGUGGUGUGGAAGCUGCCACAGCACUGCAGCUUCUAAUGCUGCCACCAAAGUAAUAUUGAAGAAGUCUUUGUCAGCAUGGGAAGUUCUUGUGCUGAUGCAUACAGUGGUGGUGGUGGUGGGUGGGUGGGUGGGUGAGAUUCUUUUGCCCUGACCUAAAUGGUCCAGGCUAGCCCGAUCUUAUCAGAUUUCAGAACCUAACCAGGGUAUUUAGAUGGGGGACCACCAAAGCAGUUCAGGGUUGCUACAUGGAGAUAAUGCCAAAUGACCUUUGAAGGUCUCUUGCCUUGAAACCUGACCAGGGUCUCUGUAAGUCAGCUGCAACUUGACAGUCCUUUCCACCUUCACCAUAAGGAUUUCAAGUGUUAUCUCCAUGGCAUGGGAUAGAGUAGUGCUGCUGAGUAGUGCCAUCACCACAAAGUUAACCUAAGAACCCAAUCUGUUUAUCUUGGCAGUGGAUAAAGAUUCAAAGGAAAUUGUUUGUAGAGUGUAUUUAAAAACGGAGGUGGUGGCAUGAUGAAAUGGCUCUGUCUCAGCUUCAUUCUGUAGAAGUACUGAAGCUGCGCAGUGUAUUCGUGUGAAGUAGAAUUGUUAACUGUCCAGAAGAGCUACAUUAUGAAUUGCUCAUCUCUUUCAUGUGGCACAGUCACAUUAGCUGUACCCCUUUCUGAUAAGGGACUGCACUUGGCCAAGUUUGAAGUGUCUCAAAACCCAUCCCCUUGAACUUAACUUUAAUGGGUUUGGGGCCCAAAAUUGUGUGUUGUCACAGGCAAAAGGAAGUUUUGCUGCUUGAAUUCAAGUUGCAAGAUUUGUGUUGUUAAUUACAUUCAGUUUAAAGUUGUGUACAUUUCAGUUAACAUUUUAAAUUCAUUUCAGUUCUAUUAAAAUAGCAUUAUGGAACUGAAAUAUGUUUUUGGCGUUUCUUCUUACAUCGUCACAGACAUUCCAAAUGCAAUAAAUACUAUUGAAUUAGAUACCUGUAAUCUUGAUGUACAUGUGUUUAAUAUUCAUGAUGUUUAAAGGAUUUUUUUCAACACCGGCAGCAAGCUAACUCACUCUUACUCUGAACAAUAUAUAAAAGGAAACCUUUAAAAUGUAUUACAAUAGAAUUGGUGUACACAGAAAUCAGUUUUUAUUGGUGCUAAAACUGAUUUGAAAUAAGUGAGACUAAAGCAGAAAAUGGAAAUUUUAAACUCAUUAAAUGACUGGUGGCUCUGAA